AGACUCAAGAAGAAAGAAAGUCUCGAAAAUCUUCUCUCUUUCUCUUACACAAACAUAUAUUUUCUUGUUUACCAUUAAACAAAAUCUUUCAUAAAAAAUUGGCCAUGAAUAAACGUUACGGUCACCUCAUAAGUCUAUUGUUCGUGUUUUCUCUUGUUAUGUUCCCCUUCAUAACAAUAUCACAGACGCCAUGUCCGUACCCUUGUAACCCGUUGCCAAUAGCCGGUACUGGCUCCACUCAACCGGCCGGUUAUUAUCCUCAACCGACCGGUUACUAUCCUCCUCCAUCGUCGAGUAAUGUACCGAAUUACCCUUCUCCACCUUAUUACGGAGGUAAUCCCAGCGGGGGAUAUAACGGUCCUCCACCGCCGGACCCUAUCUUGCCUUAUUUCCCGUUCUACUACAGAAAACCUCCUCAUCAGACGGAUCAGUCAUCAUCUUCCAUGAAAUCAACUGUCAAGAUCGUAACAGUGGCAAAUCUUCUUGCGGUACUUAUGUUAUUUUCUUGGUAACGUUUUGUUUAUGGGAUAAUUGUAACUUUCUAUGGUUGAAACUUUUAUGUUUGUUAAUCUUUCUAUAAAAAUUGCGAGGAGGAAAAAAAUAGUUGAGUAAUU